AUGUCUUCAGAUGCAAUUGCUAUUGAUCCCGAUUUCUAUACGAUGGAGAGGGAGUAUAGGGACGAUGAUUGGCAAUCUGAUACCACAUCCCUCGCAUCUGAAGUCGCCAGGGGUCGCGUGUCAGAGGACUACUGGUCGCCAUCCGAUGAACUGCAAUUUGAGGCAUAUGAAACUGGUCACAUUAUCUUCCUUUUACUGGAUUACACCGAGGACAACCCGCUCCAUCGAGCUCCUAUCAAAUCACCUAAGCACAUUCUUGAUAUCGGAACUGGAAAAGGAAGUUGGGCAAUCGACGUGGCCGACAUGUACCCCGAUGCAAAUGUUCGUGGAGUGGACUUAUACCCACCCCCUGAGACGUGGAUCCCCCCAAAUCUAGUCUUCGAGGUCGACGACGUCCUCCAACCGUGGACAUGGACGACGAAGUUCGAUCUUAUCUACAUACGUCACUUGCUCGGAUCUUUUGACAGAGAAGGAUGGUCUACACUAUAUGACCGAUGCUUCGAAAACCUCGAACCCGACGGCUGGAUCGAACAAUUCGAGUUCGAUAUCAGUGUGUAUAGCGACGAUAACUCCCUGCCCAAAGACAGCAUCCUCAAUCAAUGGGGAGAUAUGUGGUACCCCAUUUCCGAACGAGCUGGUCGCCCCUUUCAAGUCGAGAAACAUAUGCGAGCUGAUCUGGAAAAAGCCGGCUUUGUUGACAUCAAGGAAGUGGUUUACAAGGUUCCUCUUGGUCCGUGGGCUAGAGAUCCUGUGCUCAAGGAGCUCGGUCUUCUUCAUCACCAGCAUUGGUCUAAAGGCCUGGAGGGAUACUGCAUGUAUUUGCUUACGAAUUUCGGGGCACCAAUCCCAUGGACACCUAGUGAGGUGCAGGUUUUUUUGGCCAAGACACGGGCGGAAUUGAAGAAUCCAAAAUUUCAUGGCUAUCAAUUUGGGCGACGAAUCUGGGCUCGGAAGCCUAGACCAGAUGAAUUAAAGAAGGGAGCUACAGAUCACCCGAUCAAAUUGGAACAAUCGAUCUGA